AUGCUACCACCCUCCCCUCCCCUCCACCUCCUCAGGCUCGUCCUCCCUUCCCGGACCACCACUGGACCCUUUUCCUCGUCUCGCGACCACAACGGCUGUUCAAAAAUCUCCAUUCUCCACGCCAUGUCCAUGUCAACAUCCUUCCGGGACAUCUUCCCAGCGAGUAAAUCUAACGUUCCACACAUCAAUCCGGUUCAACUGCUUCUGGUCGCCAACGUCCGCCUGAAAAGAAUCCCCAAGGACCAAAGAAUGUCGACCUAUCUCACCCCCUUAAGCGUCACUCCCUUGAUUCCCUUCGCCUCCAAGGCCCUGGCGCCCACUCUCCAAUCCCACCGGAAGUCUCGAACUCGGACGGGUCAUAUCUGCCGCUGCCUGGCUACCGAUUUCCGGGGUACACUGAGCUACCAACCGGUCCAGAUCCAUCGCCGUGUCCGUCACCCCUGCAAUACCGCACUUCGCACAUUUCGCCUCUCAUAUCCAACUCCGAACUUGAGGUCCGGCGGAGCGGUGACAUGCGGCCUCACUCUCCCGCAGAACCAGGAUGCAGCAGCAGCAGCCAGAACAAAUCGAAAACUCCAGCCGUGCAUCUCGUUUGCCUGUCAACCCGCGACGGCACAAGGUAGCGCCAGAGCAACGGAAGCGUGUUGCAACAGCCCUUUGAUUCGCUGUAUACAUUCGUCCUUCUUUCCUACCAACCACGUUCCCUCCGUUAAGCAGCAUUUCUUCCCCAGCACAUGUGCAAUAGCUGCAAUGUCCGCCGCAUCAAAUGCUCCGUAUCCCACCGUGAUCGAGAAAGUCUCCGUGGCUCGGAACGAUCUAGAUGAUCUGAGGAGGAAGCUUGAGAUUGCAGAACGGGCUCUGCAGAUUGCCGUACCCGACGACGUUGCGAGACGGCAACUGUUGCAACAGGAUGUCGACGUGAAGGGGUCUCGUGCCGGCUCGGCUCCGUCCCUUACACCCCCAGAGCCCCAUGAUUCUUACGGGGAAGCCAGUAACGAGAUUGUCGCUGAGACCGCCGAUGGACGCACACUGCACGACCAGGAUGGAAGAGCCCGUUUUCUUGGCGAGACCUCUGGCGCAACAUUCCUUGACUACCUCAAGGAGUUCAUGUCCACCGUCUUGCCACUUGCUUACAACCCGCAGUGGCUGUCACCGACGCCAACUAGCGGUUUGACAUUUCUUUCUUCCCUUGGCAGUUAUCAGACAUACGACUCUCGUCCGAUUGAGGUUGAGUCGAACGUGGACCCUCUUUCACUGCCUUCUCGGGACGAAAUGGCUGGUAUGCUUGCCGACCUCCGAAACUUCAUCCAAGACGGCAACAGCGAAUUCCCGUGCGGCGGCAUCUACUGGUGGGGCGAUCUCAGCCAACCACCGCCAGCGCCCACCGUGUCUGGCGACGUGAAGCCCGAGGUGUUUCCGUCCGGGACCUCUCAACAGGUCGUCUCCGACAACUAUCGUCAUCUUGCAUUCUACCAUACCGCCUUUGCCGUCGCCUGUCAAGCGAAUACCACGGCGAGUUCGAUGCUGGUCCCAAAAGAUUUGAGCCAGAUUUACUUCGCCCGCGCCCGCCUUCUCCUAGGUAACCCUCUCGAUAUCACCCGGUAUACCAUCAGCGACGUUGCUGUUCUAGCACUGAUGGGCUUCUACCUUAUCGAGAUGAACCGCCGCGAUGCAGCCUACGUCUACGUAAGCAAUGCCAUGCAUAUAUCCAUUAUGCACGGCGCCCACCGUGGUUGGGUCGACGAGCGUGGGAAACGCGUUUUCUGGACUCUUUAUAUUCUCGAUCGCUGGUUGAGCUGUCUUAUGGGCCGUCCUCCCAUUAUCAUGGACGAUGCUAUCCGGCUACCACUGCCUUGCGAUGAUCUUGAAAAGCCAGGGUCUUUACCCCCUGCAGCCGGCCUUCGAGCCCACGUCGAGCUGGCCCGCAUUUCGGGCCACAUUGUCUGCAACACGUAUAGAGUCGCCCCCUGGGAUCGUGGUCCCGGAGGUGCGGCGCGGCACAUCGACCGAGCGCUGCAGUUGCUCGGGAGCUGGCAGUCAUCACUGCCGCCCACCCUGCAAAUGUCUACGUCUCAUCCAAGUAGCGAUCCCUCAUGCUGUCUCCUGCAUAUGGCAUACAACCAGCUUCUCAUCCUUGUCGUCCGCCCCAUCUUCUUUGCUGCUGUUAAAAAGACCUUUGCCGAGCGCUACAUCACCUCAGACCGUCGUUGGGAAUUCUCACACCACGCAGACCGCAUAAGCUCCUGCUCAAAGGCGGCGCAUGCAAACUUGUACCUCGCUCGUUGGCUGAUGCGUCUCAACGGUGGCACUCGCAAGUUUUUGCAAGCAGGGUUGCACUACAUAUUCAACGCCGCCAUUAUUCUCAUGCUGGAAGAGCUUCUCGUCUUCUCGCCAGCCACGGAGCCCGACGACAUCAACGUCAACUUUGCCAUCAGCGUCUUUGAAGAAGAGGCCAAGACAGAAAGCAACUACGCUCGGGACUGCGCUACCGUCCUGAAAGACCUCCAGUCUAUAGUUCAGCGGUUGCGACUGGACAGCCAAGCUGUCUAUACCGCCCGCGCUGGUGGUGUCAGUGGAGGUCCUUCUACCCCUGGCCUAACGUCGGACGACGUAACGAACGUUAGCAGCAGCAUCAACACGCCAUCCACAUCAUAUUCUCAACAAUCUCAGCAUCAAACCUUCCCGCCCGGCCCAAGCCAUGUAUUAUUAUAUCCCAUGACGACGGAGGAUGGCCCGAUAUAUGAAGAACUUGUGGCUUGGGUUGAACACAACGACGCGCAAUUAGCAGUUUCUCUCGAUGGGGAUCAGUGA